AAAGGAGCAGCUGAGACCAGACAGGCAGAGAGUGCAGCAGAGCAAGGCAAAAAAAAGGAGACCUACCAGGCACUAAAUCUCUGCAUGUGGACUUGUUGGGACAAUCAGGAGACAGCACCUGAGUUGUGUCUGAAGAGCAGACUGCUACCUGUACAGGUUCAUGCUUUUUGAUAACACUGAGUAACCACUGUAAGGACAAAACAAGGCUGGCUAAGAUCAAUACUGGACCUCAUCCAUCUUCUCUUGGGCAUCCCUGUGGAUGCGUGGUGUGCCGGAACGCAGAUUGAUUUGAAUGCUGACCUGCAUCUUUUGAUGUGAGCCCAACUUCUGUGGAUCUUGCAGUUUUUCCAGCUACCACAUCAUUUUGCUGGAGCCUGAAACCCAUUGUUGAGUAUAAGAAGCAGCAGGAGACAGCAAGGCAAAAGAGAAUAUUGCCAUCCAUCUCUAACCCCCUACAGCCCACCUUCGGCUUUGGACGCCCCUCCUCUCUGGCUCUUCUUUUGCCCCCCCGCCCCCCGUGCCCCCCUCCACCCCAACCCAACCCCCUCCGGCACCUCACCCCCCAACAGAGCAGAAAGCGUGAAAAAUCUCACUAAUGGGUUUAUUUGCUGUCAGAUCUGCGCUGAUCUGUCAUUCCCUUGGACCAUUCUGCUUGACACAUUUCAUAGUUGAGUAAGCCUCCUGGAUUUCUGGCUAGACUUAGCAGUGCCCCUGCAACGCUGUGCUGGCUGAGAGCUCAUCAAGAGGGGAGCAGCAGUCAGCCUGACAGCCUCUUGGACAGAGAGUCCCUGAAGCUGCAUUCCUCCAGUCUCUUGUGUUUGUGAGCCUCGUGGGCAUCUUCAGCUUGUGUCUGACCACAAGACUGGUCCUCCCCAGAAGAUUUGGGCUGUUUCUGCAGGUGCUGAUUGAAAGAGUGUGAAGAUGUGGUGUGGGGCUAUGCCUCUGGCCGUGGUGGCUGCAGUGUUUUGGACCCAGUGUGUCCUUCUAGAUGGAGUGGAUGCCAAGAAGGAGAAGAAGAGGCCAAAGGAGGCCACUCCACAACACACAGAGACGUACAACACAACUCUGACCAACAGUGAAGAGGUUGGUGGGACCAUCAAGGGUUCUGAUCAACAGAGGGUGGAUCCACUGGGAUCAUGGAUGGACUUUGUGAAAAGACCCGUUGGAAACUUUCCUGGAAAGUGUCGCAAACGCAAACGACCACUGCCAGGUCCACCUGGUCCUCCAGGUCCUCCUGGUCCCCAGGGUCCUCCUGGCUCUCCUGGGGCUCAAGUAACCCAGGAAGUUCUCCUACAGGAAUUCAAAGAGAUGAUUAAAGAGGCUACAGAGAGAAGAUCAGCAGCACUGGACAGACAAACCAGCCCCAGCCAGCUACCUACAGCCAUCCUCACCCUGGAGGGGAUGACCUCGUACCGCAGAAUAGAAGAAGCUUUCCACUGCAAGCUCAAGGGACCCGUGGUGGUCGACAAGAAGACUCUGGUGGAGCUCCAGAACUUUCAGACACCACCUGCUAAAGGAGCUUUCCUCAGAGGGUCGGGAAUGGACCAGUCUACUGGGAGGUUCACAGCUCCCAUCACAGGGAUCUACCAGUUCUCUGCUAAUGUCCACAUUGAUCACAAUGAGGUGAAGAGGAGCAAGAGUCAGCUAAAGGCCAGGGACAAUAUUCGCGUGUUGAUCUGCAUCGAAUCUCUCUGCCACAGAUACACUUCACUGGAGAUGAUUGUUGGCUUGGAAAGUAACAGCAAGAUAUUCACCGUCAGUGUGCAGGGGCUGCUGGAGCUGCAGGCUGGGCAGUACACUUCCAUAUUUGUGGAUAACGGGGCUGGUGCUUCCAUUACAAUACAGAACGGGUCAGAUUUCAUGGGCAUGCUGCUUGGUGUAUAGCCUCACACACGAGCGGGGCAUCCUCCAAGCUGUCCACUUCUGCCAGUUAUUUUUUAUUUUCUUUCAAUGGACUGCUUAUGAGCACCACCACACAGGACCAAACCACAGGGGAGGUUUGAAAGAAGGAUGUAAGUAAGGCUGACAUUGACUUGACUGCUUGUCAGAUGGUGAAAGGACAGUGUGAAGCACUCAAGGACUGAGUUUGUUUCUCACAGUGCACUGCCACUUCCCCUCCCAGGAACUUGGACGCAUGUUGCUUCACCAAUAAACUAACCUGAAAAUAAAAUGGAAAAUAUGUUUUUUUACAGUAUAUUUUUCAUGGUUGUUGAAGACCUUUGCAGUAAACCAAGAUUUUUUAAUGUUCUCUGUAGUGGUUGAAAGAACUAGGGAACACAAAAUAGUACAUCAUUUAAUGUAUAUUGACAUCAGUGUUUUUGUCUUUUCUAUCUAUUGUCUACACACUCUUGAACUAUUAUUUUGCUGGAUUAAAAUACACAUUUAUUAUGUUAUAUGGUACAUAGACUCCUUGAGUACACUGGACAGUGAAAAUAUACUCAGUAGGCAGGCCUCAUGUGAUUUUGCAUCAUAACUGUUGCUGCAUUUUUAGCCAUUUUAGCACCAGUUUAGACUGAAAUAUUCAACAGUGAGAGGAGGGAUUGGUUGUAUAGACUUUUAUUUUCCCCACACCCACAAUCCCACAGAUUUUGGUGAUGCUCUGACUUUUCCUGUACAGCCAACAAGUGAUGCUGACAUUUAUGGUCUUGAGUUACAUAUCUCAACAAUCUUGCUAUGAAAUUAACUUUGUUUGCUUCGGAAUAAAAUGCAAGCUCAUUUCAUCUGUGAUUGCUUAACUUUUCAGGUUGUAAUUUGAUUUGCCCCACAGUUUUAUUUAUGACAGGAUUUUAAAAAUAGUUCUUUAGUCCCAGUUAACAAAUGCUAAAACCCUAAACUAAGGUGAACAUGGUGCUUAACGAAACACGAUAAAUAUUAGCAUCUCAGUAUCAUUAUUGGGAACAUUUUCACAUUAUGGUCGUCCACCCCAUGUAGGCACCCCUGUGGCUAAAUAUACCUCAGCACUAAUACAUCUUAAAGGGGUAAACUUGACCAGGUUUGCACCAUAGACUGCAUAUAAAAAAAAUGGAUGUUUAAGAAGUGAAGGCAACGCAAAGCACCUUAAACCUGCAUUCAAUCAAAUGGCCAGCAGGGGGUAACUCCCUCCAAAAGAGACUUCUAUGAAAGUCUGUGUAAAAAAUGGACUUCUACUCUCUUAUUCUACAACUUCUGUUAGCACUUUCCUGAUGAGUUUAUGUUUUCAAUGGCUAGUUCCAGGUCAUAUAUACGAAUAGAGCAUUAAGUCUUUUUUUAAGAUUAUGGACAUUACUUGAGCAAGAACGGAGUCUUAUGCACCGUAUCCUCAUUGGCUGAAAUAGAAUUUGUGAUACUGAUUCAUGGUUUAUGUCCAUUUGCACAGGUAUUUGGCUAUUCAGAGUGAAGGAUUUUGGAUAUUCAUGCUUGCCUGGAGUCCUCCAAAAAAGCCAGCAGCAUGUAGUCUGGCGGUGAUGAUGCUACGCAUAGAUAGAAUGCUGAUUGGUUGAAAGCCAGGAAAGGAAGUCACAGAGGAGUUCAGGAAGAAGAGUGAAAAAAUUCACUGCAGUGGACACUUUUCAUUGUAAUAUCCAGUUUUUGGUCUUCUCUGUGGCUGGCAGAAGGACCAACAACAACAACACAAGCAAUAGGUGGUUAUUUGUGACAAUGUCAUCCAUGACAUGAUGACGAUGGUCUGCAAAGCUGAUGCACAACCAUGCUGGCCCGUUAAUGACUUACCAAUCCAUGAGUGUGGCAUCUUCAGUUUCUCAGUUAGAUCUACCCAUCAGUGAUGGUGAUGGCAAAACCACUCAGCUUGACCACUGAAACAGAUUGUUACUAAUCAGUGUGUAGCUUCAUGGUGGCUACAUCCAUAUUUCAUGUGUAGUCUAUGGUUUGCAACAAUUGUCACACUUUGGACCCAUAAAAAAGGAGACUUUUGCAAAUACUGAUGACCCCAAUUUAGUUUGAAUUUGUCCGAAACAGAAAAAGUUUGUGAUAUCAUCCACCUUGUGUGGAUACUCCUUUCCCGGCAUCUUGGAUUUAUCUGGAGAUGGGCUUUGUGGCAAAUGCCAGUAAAAUAAUUACCUUUUUAUCAUCACCAUGACCGCCUUAUAGUAGUUUCAGUAAAAGUUUCACCUCAUCGUCAGUCCAAGGCUUACUCUUUUUGCCAUUUUUAAUCUCAUUUUCAAGCAGCCAUUUCUGUGCUUCCUGUUCCCACCAGGAAUGGUCAAUGUGAUAUGCAUUUAUAGGUCUGUUAGUGUACAUAUAAAUUAAUAAUUCUGAAAAACUCCCUUUUAUGUUAAAAUACUGUGUUUUCACACUUUUUCAGAGAUUAAGUAGAAAAGUUUUUGGAAGAACUAAGACUUUUUUUACAGUCCCCUUUGUGUUAUCUUUUAUAAACUUUAAAUAUUUUUACUGUAUUUUAUGAUUUUCUUGGCCUAUAGAUGUUUGUAAUUUAUCAUAAUUGAUAUAACAGUAAGUUUGGGAAGCAUUGAAAUUUGAUAUUUAUGUUUGAGAUCCACAGUUUAUGCCAGAAUCUAUACGUGAAACCACAGAAUAAAAUGAUAACUUUACUAUUUUUUAUUAAAGUAUGCUGUAAAUUGAAAUAAAACUCUUUCAAAUGUUGCCAUUUGGUGUCCACACACAAUGAUGAUUUAAACAGCUCUUGAUAAGAUUGUAGUAAUCAGUUGGUCAAGAAGUGAAAAAUGAAUUUUACUGAUUCAUUACCAGAAUUUAUAUUUUGUUUCUGCAUCUCUUGUUUAUUCAUGAAGCAUUGUCUGCAAUACAGCACAGCUUUUCAUGCCUCUGUGCCUUUAUUUGAAUUGUAAAAUACCCGAAAUACUUCAAAUACCUUUACAAACACUAUGGCAGUCUGCCAAGUAAAACCACGGCUGCAUUUACUUACCUGUAAAAUAUUGCUAAAACUGCCAAAGACACUGCACAACAUUCAGGAUCAC